CUCCAAUAUAAAAAUGAGUCAAUCAGAUUUAGAUAGACAAAUAGCUUAACUUAGAAAUUGUGAAAACAUAACAGAAGGGGAAGUUAAAGCCUUAUGUACAAAGGCGAGGGAAAUUCUUGUUGAAGAGAGCAAUGUGCAGAGAGUUGAUGCUCCAGUGACAGUAUUAAUAUUGUAAUAUUAGAUCUGCGGAGAUAUUCACGGCUAGUUCUUUGAUUUAAUGGAGUUAUUUAAGGUAGGUGGGGAUUGUCCUGACACUAACUAUUUAUUCUUGGGUGACUUUGUUGACAGGGGGUUCAAUAGUGUGGAGACAUUUUUAUUAUUAUUGGCUUUGAAAGUGCGCUAUCCAGACAGGAUAACAUUGUAUAUUUAUAAGUUAUGUAGGAUACGUGGGAAUCAUGAAUCUAGACAAAUUACUUAAGUUUAUGGUUUCUAUGAUGAGUGUCUCAGAAAGUAUGGGUCAUUAAAUGUUUGGAGAUAUUGCACAGACAUUUUUGAUUAUUUGAGUUUGGCUGCUGUUAUUGAAGAGAAGAUAUUUUGUGUACAUGGUGGAUUAUCCCCUUCAAUAAAGACAAUGGAUGAUGUUUUAGAAAUUUAAUUAUGUAGAUCCGAGCAAUCGAUCGUAAAUAGGAAGUACCUCAUGAUGGAGCAAUGUGUGAUUUGAUGUGGAGUGAUCCAGAUGGUAUCUUGAAUUUAGGAUUAUUAUAGAGAUUGAGGGAUGGAAUUUGUCUCCAAGAGGUGCUGGAUAUUUAUUUGGAGGAGAUGUUGUGGAUGAUUUCAAUAGGAAAAAUAACAUUGAAUUAAUAUGCAGGGCUCAUCAAUUAGUGAUGGAAGGCUAUCGAGUGAUGUUCAAUGAAUAACUAGUCACAGUCUGGAGUGCUCCAAAUUAUUGUUACAGGUAUAUCUUUGCAUUGAAUUAGAUGCGGCAAUGUGGCUUCAAUUCUGGAGUUGGACGAAAACCUUACUAAACAAUACAAGAUAUUCGAAGCAGCAUAGGAAAACAGAGGAUUACCAGCCAAGAAACCAAUUCCUGAUUAUUUUUUAUGAAU